CUCAUCACUGAUCAUCAGUCACUAGCUAACUUUUCACAUCAGACGCUUAUUAGUUUUAGAACAAGCUCAACAUGUCUAAGGGGUCCAUGGCUGAGAUGCUCAAUUGGGCGAUGCCGUUCAUGGCUGUCACCUUCAUGCAAUUUGGGUUCGCAGGCAUGUCCAUAAUUUCAAAGUUUGCUCUAAACCAUGGGAUGAGCCCGCAUGUCUUGGUAGUCUAUCGACAUGCUGUGGCCAGUGUUUUUAUAGCUCCUUUUGCCAUUGUCUUCGAUAGGAAAGUAAGGCCAAAGAUGACCUUAUCAAUUUUCACCAAGAUUGUGUUGCUUGGCCUAUUAGAGCCUGUACUUGACCAGAACUUGUUCUAUACCGGGAUGAAGCUUACAACUGCAACUUUUACAUCUGCCAUGUGCAAUGUUCUUCCUGCUUUUGCAUUCAUAAUGGCUUGGAUUUUCAGGAUUGAGAAGAUUAACUUGAGAAGCCUGCAUAGCCUUGCAAAGAUAUUGGGGACCAUAGUGACUGUGGGAGGAGCCAUGCUUAUGACUCUAAUCAAUGGACCCAAGUUGAAUUUUCCGUGGACAAGAAGAAAUAUCCAUCAAGAAUCUACAGUUUCCACAGUUCAUCAAGAUCCCAUAAAGGGAGCUAUCAUGAUUGCAGCUGGAUGUUUCUGCUGGGCUGGUUUCAUGAUUCUCCAAGCGAUUACUCUAAAUUCAUACCCUGCUGAGCUAUCCCUAGCAACUUGGAUAUGCUUGGCGGGCACGGUUCAAGGAACUGCGGUGGCCCUAGCUUUCGAAUGGAAUAACCCCAUAGCUUGGUCCAUACACUUUGAUUUUAAGCUUUUAGCUGCUGUUUACAGUGGAAUAAUAUGUUCAGGGAUCGCUUAUUACAUUCAGGGAGUGGUAAUGAAGGAAAGAGGACCUGUUUUUGUGACUGCUUUUAGUCCUCUAAGCAUGAUUAUUGUAGCCGUUAUGAGCUCCUUCAUAUUAGCUGAGAUCAUGUACUUGGGAAGAGUAAUUGGAGCAAUGGUCAUUGUGAUUGGCCUCUAUAUGGUUCUAUGGGGAAAAAGCAAGGAUCAACUUCCAUCUGAAUCAGAAAAAGAUGAUAACAUGGAAUUGGCUACAAAUGUUUAACAAAAGCUAUAUUCAUGAAGAGGACGCUGACUUCGGAUAUUUGUGGUCAUUGAUGUCACUAAUAUGAAGCUGAUAUAUCUAAAGUAGGAAAAGCAAAAUAUAUAAUAACUACUUGCAAUUUAAAU